CCGAGUGACGUCAGCAGCAUUGCAUCAGGAGAAAAGGCGCAGCUAUUUCCGCAGCGACUGUUUAUUUCUUUCGAGAUAUUUCCUUCGUACUGCUUACUGUCCGUGCUCGGCUUUUCUCUUAGGUCUGUGCCCUUAUUUAGAUGGCAAGCUUCCCAGAAUCUGUAAACGAAAAUGACCUAGGUAAGGCUAAGUUCAUUGGUGAACUCCUGGUGCCUGUGGCUCCUUUCGACCAGAAGUCUGGACGUGAGACUUGGACAGUAGCCUUUGCACCCAAUGGUUCCUACUUUGCUUGGUCUCAGGGGCAUCGCAUUGUCAGGCUCAUUCCAUGGACAAAAUGCCUGAAGAACUUUUCAGUGGGCCACGACGGAGAGGAAACCAAUGCCUUGAGCCCCCGGCGCUUGUCCCGUCAAAACAGCGACGGAAAACAAGUCAUCCCGGUGUCUGGCGAACCCCGCGAACACACCAUAGACUGCGGUGACAUCAUCUGGGGCUUAGCCUUUGGGUCCUCGGUGCCUGAGAAGCAGAGUCGCUGUGUCAACAUCGGGUGGCAUCGCUUCAAGUUCGGCGAGGACCAGUUGCUACUAGCGACGGGUCUCAACAAUGGUCGCAUCAAGAUCUGGGACGUUUACACGGGUAAAUUGUUGCUGAAUCUGAUGGAUCAUACUGAUCUAGUUCGAGACUUGACUUUUGCUCCUGAUGGCAGCCUUAUGUUGGUGUCUGCAUCAAGAGAUAAGACCCUUCGUGUAUGGGACCUUAAAGAUGAUGGUAACAUGGUGAAGGUUUUGCGGGGGCAUCAGAACUGGGUGUACUGCAGUGCCUUCUCCCCUGACUCCACCAUCCUGUGCUCAGUUGGUGCGGGCAAAGCAGUGUUCCUAUGGAACAUGGAUAAAUACACACUGAUCCGAAAGCUGGAGGGUCACCACAAUGAUGUGGUCUCUUGUGAGUUUUCACCAGACGGGGCGCUGUUGGCCACCGCCUCCUACGACACCCGGGUUAUUGUUUGGGACCACCACAAGGCCACUAUCCUGCUGGAGCUUGGCCAUCUUUUCCCCUCCCCUUCACCGAUUUUUGCUGGAGGAGCAAAUGACCGCUGGGUUCGCUCUGUGAGCUUUUGUCCCGAUGGCCGCCACAUCGCCAGCAUCACCGAUGACAAGCUACUUCGUUUCUGGAGCAUCGAGGAUAGGGCUCCUCAGGCAAUCGCCUCUGUCUCUAACGGCCUCUGCUGUGCCUUUUCUGCUGAAGGAAGUGUCCUUGCUGCUGGGACUCGCGAUGGUAGUGUGCACUUCUACGAGUGUCCUCGUAGCAUAGCCAGCCUGCAGCACAUGUGCAGAAUGGCUCUCCGCCGGGUGAUGACCACUCAGCAAGUCGAGACCCUUCCCAUUCCCACUCCGCUCUGUGACUACCUGACCUAUAAAGUCAUCUAAUCUCCAGCCCCUGCUGACCCAGUUGCACAUGUUGCUAACAUCAGCAUCCCGAACAGUGAAUUUUUCAUAGAACUUUGAACAAAUCAAAGUGACAAGAGGACAAGAGGAAAAGAGUUACGUUUUACCUGAAACCCCAAAGCCAUGUCAACAUCUCAACCCACAAUAUUUUGUACAUAUUUAUUUUUGUAUAUGCUUUUGUAAAUGAGAGUACUGGGACCUGCGCACCAUCCGUACAUGUAAGGACAGUUUUGGGCCCUCCUGUUUCUAGCGAAUCACUGCAGUACCUUGUAAGUGUCGAGCUCCUCUUCCAGUUGGCCCCCGCCCUCGCUCCCCACCAGCUUCAGUAAACCUCCUCGUCUUUUCCUCCGACUUGAAAUGGCUGCUGCGGUUAAUAGAGAGGCUUUCCAGUGGUGCUUGCUCUUUAAUGUCAGGUUUUCUUUUCGGUUUGCGUGGCGGAGCUAAAGGGAAGAGAAGAUUCUGAAGGCCAAUGCUCAGAUCUAUGAACUACUGAUACUGUGUUCUAGUAUCUUAAUAUCAUAUUGUCGUGAUAUACAAAUCAAAAUCACGUUUUUAUUCUCAUUCCCACCAUCAUGGCACACUCGGUGAAAUCUGUAUCAUUUUAAUAGGGUGAGCAAAGUUAACAUUUACCAGAUGUACCAGUCACCAUCCAAUUCGGCCUAUUAUGUAACCAGCUAAUGUUUGUGGUCUAGUCAAACAAAGAGACAUAGUUAUAACACAAAGAAGCCAGCUAUCAGUACACCACUGGAGCCUGAAUAAUAAAUCAACCAAGCUGAUAUAUUGGCUAAUCUAAGAUAAUUAUUGCAGAUGUGGUUUCGGUGCAUAUUCUGGUUGGUAAGUGUCGCAAUAGUUUCCCUUCAAACUCUGUGGCUAGUCUCACAAAAUGCCUCAGGCUAAAAAUGGUGAACUUUAAUUUACUUUAUUUGUGUGCAUUCCUUUGCGGAGGGCAGUGUAAAGCCUUGGAACCAGUGUUAAAUAAUUUUAAGUACCUCUAGCACUUAACUUCUGCCUACAUGUGUACAUAUUCCCAGAGACUCUAUGUAAACACAAUCUUGUGCCAUGUCCAUGAACAUAUCAGAGAUGUCAUCUUUGUAUCACUUUAUUUUGUCGUUAUAUAUAUAUAUAUAUAUAUAUCUCGUUCUUCUGUUGAACAUGUGUAUUUUUGUUUUUCCUUUAAAUGUGAAAAUGUCAGCAAACGACUACACACACGUCUUAUGGAUUCGUUACAUUAUUAAUUACGUUAAGCAAUUCCUGAAGGUAAUCUAAACCCAACCAAUCAGUUUCCAGCCUUGACCAUCAGAUCUCAGACCCAUCAUGUUUACUAAUCCCGUUCUCUGAUUUUUCUUCUUCUGUUCGUCUGUGAGAGAGGAGAUGUAAAGAAACGUUAAGUGAGCUCUAAGUGUUACGAGUUUUUGUUUUUCUCUUGGGAAGUGGGUGAAUAACAUUUGUCCAUCAGCCGUUCUCUGACAGCGCUAAUGCCAAAGGUUUUUCCUUUUUCUGAGGGUUUAUGUAAAUGGUUGGGUUCUCAUAGUUUCUGCUGCAAUGUUGCGUGAAUGGGCUUUCCAUGCAUAACUCACUAUAUGGAAUCUUAACAGGGGUUUGCAUUACAUGAUGCUACUUCUUCUGUUGAGAUCAGAAAACACAAUCCUGCCUCCUGAGACGCAGUAUGACGCGGUAAAUAUAUCAAAUAUAUAUGAAUGUUUGAAGUUACUGCAAUCGUCUUGUAAUGUUAUUUUUUUGUGUGUAUGUAUGUGUGGGUUUCCUGUUUCAUUAAUAAAGACUUUUUGACAAUA